AUGCCGUACCAACUCGUGACAGUUACCGAGUUAUGCCUCGAGCGGGUGGUUGUUUAUUCGGCCCAGAUCUUCGGAAACCUACUCUUUUCGCUGCGGAAUGCUCAAAUGCCACAAUGCCACACUGUGGAGUUGAUGUCUGAGGUCGAGGACGAUUCAUCCCCUUUCUCCGGCGGGCAUCCGAUGCUCAAGCGUAUCGACCUGGAUGGAGAAGGUAUGGACGGCAUCAUUGACUUCUUCGAGUACAUGGGCCUCCUCACAGCCGUGGAGACGCUGUCCCUGGGCAAGGCUACCCCCUUGAGAUCAAAAGAUGUCACGCAGGAAUCACUCCAUCGCCUCCUACUCGCCGUGGCCCCCUCUCUUCGUCAUCUAUAUUGGUCGUGCGCGCUGAGUGUCGCCUGGGAGUACCUGAAGCUCGACCGCCCUGCCGCAGAAACCAAAGAUUGCUCAACUCCCAUCCGAGCCGUAUAUGACCACCUAGAAACAAUUGAAAUCGAUGCCGAUAUCAGUUCGUCGGAUACGUAUACGUGGUUAUCCACAUUCCUCAGCGGCAUCACUUCUUCCACGCUCCACACCAUUACCAUAUCGUGCCAGUCAUUCUAUAGUCAGGACGUCCGUCAACGUCCCCUGCGAAAGACAAGCUCAGACUUCCGGAGGGUUACGCGUGCCUUCCCCCCCGCGACAUGUCAAUUUAUCGAUGAGCUAUUGUCCACGGAUCCCUUCAUCUCAGUCAAAAAGCUGGACAUCUGCAUCAGAGUUAGAUACGAUGAUCCUGAUAUCCCAUCCGUUCAGCGGUGCAGAAAGCUCUUCGCUCCGCGCUUCCCAGCGUGUUUUGCGCGUGGGAUUUUACAGUAUGUGGUUUUACACAAUGAUGCCGAUAUUGCUCUUGCGAAAUACUAA